GAUUAGAGAAUUCUGCAUUAUUUUCUGUGCUGUUUUCUUCUCCUCAACCUUAACCCUUCCAAACAUACGCAUCAAAUCCAUUCCCCUCUUCUCUCUCUCUCAACUUCAACUAUAAAAAUUAAAAACCUCACAAAACCCUCUCUCUCUCUCUCUCUUUCUCAUUUUCUCUCUGCUCUAGAUCUCUCCAACCAUUUCCUCUCUGAUUUCCAUUUCCCCCAACAGAACCAAACCCUAACGCUUCUCCUCUGUACAAUACCCUAACCUCUCAGAUUCUCCCUCACACCCUUACUUUUCCUCCCAAUUUGUAAAUUCUUUCGGCACUUUAGGUUAGAUUCUCUCGCGGUUGAGCUUUUAGGGUUUUCAAUCGGCCUGAUGAACACCAACAACAACAGAGAGAGGUACCCUCCCGGGAUUGGCCUCGCCCGAGGUGCUUUCAAUCCCAACCUCCACCUCAACCGGAAUCCCAACCUCAACCACAACCUCAACCACAACCACAACCACUCGUUUCAGGUCCGGCCUCCGUUCCAGCAACAACCGCACUAUGUGCAGAGGCAUUUGUUGCAACCACUGCAACAGCAGCAGCAGCAGCAGCAGCAACAGCAACAGCAGCAGUGGCUCAGAAGAGACGUUAACGCCGUUGACGAGGUCGAGAAGACCGUGCAGUCCGAAGCCGUGGAUUCCAGUAGUUCACAAGAUUGGAAAGCAAGACUAAAGAUUCCACCACCUGAUACACGCUAUAGGACAGAGGAUGUAACAGCAACUAAAGGGAAUGAAUUUGAGGAUUACUUUUUGAAGCGAGAGCUUCUCAUGGGAAUAUAUGAAAAGGGUUUUGAAAGGCCUUCUCCCAUCCAAGAAGAAAGCAUCCCUAUUGCUCUAACUGGUAGUGACAUUCUUGCAAGGGCUAAAAAUGGAACUGGCAAAACAGCUGCAUUUUGCAUUCCUGCUCUGGAAAAAAUUGACCAGGAUAUUAAUGUUAUUCAAGUUGUUAUACUGGUCCCAACCCGAGAGUUAGCUUUGCAAACAUCUCAAGUGUGUAAAGAGCUUGGAAAGCACUUGAAAAUUCAAGUUAUGGUUACAACCGGUGGUACCAGCCUGAAGGAUGAUAUCAUGCGCUUAUAUCAACCAGUUCAUUUACUUGUUGGAACUCCAGGAAGAAUAUUAGAUCUUGCUAAGAAAGGUGUUUGUAUUCUGAAAGAUUGUGCUAUGCUUGUUAUGGAUGAGGCUGAUAAGCUUCUGUCCCCAGAAUUCCAACCAUCUAUAGAGCAGCUGAUUCAUUUUCUACCAACAAACCGUCAAAUCUUGAUGUUUUCAGCAACAUUUCCUGUUACUGUAAAGGAUUUCAAAGAUAGGUAUCUUCAUAAGCCUUACGUCAUCAACCUUAUGGAUGAGCUUACUCUGAAGGGUAUUACGCAAUUUUAUGCAUUUGUGGAAGAAAGGCAGAAAGUCCACUGCUUAAAUACUCUAUUUUCUAAGCUUCAAAUAAACCAGUCUAUCAUCUUCUGCAAUUCAGUGAAUCGGGUUGAACUCCUUGCCAAGAAAAUCACUGAACUUGGCUAUUCGUGUUUUUAUAUUCAUGCAAAGAUGCUGCAAGAUCAUCGUAAUAGGGUGUUUCAUGACUUCCGUAAUGGUGCAUGUCGAAAUCUUGUUUGUACUGAUCUUUUUACUAGAGGAAUUGACAUUCAAGCAGUUAAUGUUGUUAUUAAUUUUGAUUUUCCGAAGAACUCGGAGACUUAUUUGCAUAGGGUUGGUCGUUCAGGGAGGUUUGGGCACCUUGGGCUUGCGGUGAACUUGAUUACUUAUGAGGACCGCUUUAAUUUAUAUAGGAUUGAACAAGAACUUGGAACUGAAAUAAAGCAGAUUCCACCACAAAUUGAUCAGGCAAUUUAUUGCCGGUGAUUGGCUGUAAAUACCAGAGUUGUGUUUACAAUUGUGGCUAGUAGCAGUGGUUAGUGUGGUCGUGGCUCAAGCAGGUGCAUAUGUUGAGGCACGAGAGGACGCACUGUCAAAAACUGGAUAUUGUUGGACCCUUUAUCGAGUGCUUUUCCAUUAGUUCUGGUUUUGAGAGCCCUGAAACAUUAUUGAGACCUUUAAAAAGUUUAAUGUUGGCUUUUAACUGCCAGUAAGUUACUGGGUCCAGUUUGGGUUUCCGUUGAUGACAUUUGAAGAUUUAUUUCGUUUUACAUUUUAUUAGUAUCGUAGUUUUAUUAUUGAAUGGUUUUAGGGAUGAUAUACCUUGUUAUGAACUUUCCCCUCCCCUAUGCUAUUGUGGUAUUUGGUCUGUUAUGGGUUCUAUUAGUGUUUUAGAUUGUAGAUUCGUAGUUGUAGAAACCUCAACAAUUUGCUGCUCAUUUUCUGUCAUGGCGCAAUUGCUUUUCGCCAGGAGUGAAGCCUUGAAGGCCUUACCAAGUUUGUGGAGCCCUUAUUUUUAAAUGGGGUUUUUGGGGCGAGGGUCGACUAGUUGGAAUCUUCCUUUCUUAAUUUCAUGAUGCUACUCAAAUGUUAUCUUCUAGGUAUCUUCCAUAUUCAUGGAUUUUUAUAAUGAAGUAAUGCGCCACAUUUUUCAUUCCA